UAGAAGGGUUCCUUUGAUUAGGUGUACAACUUUUUUUCAAUUAGCAUAAACACUGGUGAGUGCCGCUUUAAUUGCGCAGCCGCUACACCUCGGUGUGUGCGGAGCGACGAGGUGAAUGAGAAAACUGCUCCCAUCGCAUCAGAGACACGCAGCAGCUCCGCCGCAUCCGCAGACGCUCGUUUCUUCCCGUCAGCUAGAGACGAAGGAGAAGCACACUGAACCUCGCACCUGCUACCGAGCGCGCAACGUCGAGGGCUGUAAGCUAAAUGAUGGAUUUCAUUACCUUGCUGGUUUUGGCUGAAGAUGAAGAUGCCUUGAGCUUUAGUAAUCCACUCUGGGAUGUCUAAAGCAGCUUUUGGAUUCUAACCAGCGCAUAUCAACAUAUCACAAAUAACCCCGAACCUUUACCACAAACAGAAGGAAUAUGAAUUUAACCGCAGGCGUUCUGAAAAAAGAGCUUCUGCUCUCAAACGCCUUGCUGUCCUUGAACGCCUCUCUCCACGGUGUCGAGGACUUUGCGAAUGAUGUGUUCCUCCACCAGAGUGGAGAGCUGGAGAGACUGCUGCUGCUGACGAUCAAAGAGCCCACCACUAUCGCUCUCACCGUGAUGUACUCUUUAUCGUUCGUGGUGGGCUUCAUAGGAAAUCUCAUGGCCAUUCGAAUGCUCACCUGCCAGAAGAAUAAGAGGAUGCAGAGCAUCAGUGCCACCCGGAGUUUACUCAUCAACUUGGCAGUGUGUGAUCUGAUGGUGGUUUGCAUCUGCAUGCCCAUCACGCUCGGCCACACCAUUUACACCGCAUGGGUGUACGGAGACCUCCUGUGCCGGGCCGUCCCCUUCAUCCAGGCCGUGUCCGUGUCUGCAAGCGUCCUCAGCCUGACCGUCAUCAGCAUCAACCGGUACUACAGCGUGCACAGCCCGCUCAAUUCCCUCUCGUACUUCACCCAGAAGAAGAUCUACAUCACCAUCGUGUGCGUUUGGAUCCUGUCCUCGGCCAUUUGCGCACCUUUGCUCUUCAUGAUCAAGCUGGACGAGAUCCACUUAAUCGACAUCGCCGUGCCAAUCUGCAGAGAGCUCUGGCCGCAGGCGAGACUCAAGCAGGUCUACAACGUGCUCCUCUUCGUGGCUCUCUACUGCAUCCCCGUGACCUUCAACCUCAUCAUCAGCUUUCUGACAGGAAGGAAGCUCUGGAGGGCUUCUCAUCAUUUUGACGAUUUCGACCCACACAGCCAGGCCAUGCACGCUUCACAUCUGAAGAUGCGCAAGAAGAUCGCCAAGGUGGUGGUCACUUUGGUCCUCUUAUUCGCCGUCUCCUGGCUCCCGCUUUACGUUGCAGACAUCCUGAUUGACCGCGAGAUUCAUCCGCCUCACUGGGUUCUGCAGAGUCGUCCUUUCGCACAGUGGCUGGGCCUCACUAACUCCAGCCUCAAUCCCAUCUGCUAUUGCUUCUUGGGUGAUUUGUACCGCUCUGCCAGAGCAGUAAGGUCCAGGUAUCAUCAGAGAAUGCUUUCCGUCCUUAGAUCCUCCAGCUCUUUUAAACUGUCCAGUGUGCUUUCUUUCAAAAGGCAGAAAUCUGGCCGGCAACAAGGUGCCGUGAGCCAGGUGUCGGUGGAGACUCUUUCUGAUUGGUGUUCAAACAACAGCCAAAUGGUGUCUCUCCAAAGCCUGUCAGAGAAGAUAGCGUCUACAAGCAAUCCUAAGUUAUCAAAUUUAUAAUCAGGGUGCAUAGUACCUAAAAGCAUGCAGGGCACUUAUAGGGUUAGUUCACAAAACAACUUUUGUUUUCUACCCAAGAAGUAGAGGUUUUAUGAAUCUUUUUACUUUUGGGAGAACAAUCUCAGAUCAUUUAUUUUGUAGUAUUGUCAAAAGGCAUGUGAUUCUGAUGAUUUGAUGCUACUUAGUUUGUAUAGUUUGUUUUCGGAACUAACAGUCACGAAAAGUAAGUUACAUUGUAACUGUAAGUUACAGUUACAUUGCAUCAUAGCUUAUAUUGUACGUGAAUAGAAGUUUCUUGAUGUGAAGUGGGACUUCCUGUAAAUAAAGGACGGUUUUGUAUAGAAUUCACUGACACAGAUUGUACAUAAAUGGUCAAUUAAGGCAAGGCAAUUAAGACAAAUGUUUGCAUGUGAAAAUUCAGUGCGAUAAAUAUUUUAAUUUGACUGAACAGCUGUUCGGACCAACAUAAACAUGCUGUCAAUGUGAUGGAAUUUUUUUAUGGGGAGAUGUUCUAAUCUCAGUGAAGAAACCCAGCCAACCAAUGAAACCCAGACUUUUGGUCACAUGCCCAGAGCAAGAGCAACUGCUGUUAGAUGAAACUAUUUCUUUUGUCUCUGUACUUUUUGGUGUUGUUUGAUAAACAUGAUAGGGAAUACAAAAAUCUGAACAGCAGUUUGAAAAUAUGUCCUUUUGACUUUGAAUCUUCGUGUGUCAGAAAUGGAAAGUUGAGCAGUUUUGUGAACCGAAGAAACCAAGGUAUUUAGGUUCUUGUCUAUAAGGUCUGUCAGUGAAUCUACUCUUUCCUUAUGAUUAACAUGUUAAAUACUAGUUUAUAUUUGUAUCUUUCUGAAGAGCUUUUUUUGCCACAAUUGCCUUUAACUUGAAGCCAUUAAGGCAUAAUUAGCUGAUAUGUUAAGCUGCUAUAAAAAUAUUAAUUGUGAAAAGAUCUACUGGAAUUGAAAAUGAAAAUAAAAAAGAAUUUUCAGGUUAUGCGUUUAACUGUGCUUUAAUCCUGGUUAAAACAGAAAAUACUCUUCUAGUAUCUUCUAGAUAUUGUUCUAGAUAUGAAGUUUUUGUUUUGCCUUUAGUGCAAUGACAAUAUAAAAUCUGUUUCAUAUUCUAUUUAUCUAUUUUUCACUAUUCUGUUACACUGUUUUUCUCAUAUGCUGUAAAUAUGUCAAUGUAUAAAUGCCAUUAUGUUUUAGGAAAGGGGACCCUCACAGUCGUUGUAUUGGGGUCCUUGUCUUAAAAGAUUUGAAAAGCGUAGUGAAAAUUUGUAGUGUUUCGAGUAAAAUCAUUUUUUCCACAAUAUCUCUAUAAACAUAUAAAUGUGCAUUUAUAUUCACAAAAAAAAAUUCUAUUUGGUAUAGAGUUUCCAGAGUGCAUGAAUACAAUU